GCCCAAAUGAACAGAUUUAGCAGAAUCUCCGCAAAUAAUCCCAAACUUGUCUCCGACAUUCAAUGAAAAUCCCAAUAAUUUUUUAGCAAAACAAUGAAAGCUUCACUCAAGUUCCGUGAGGAACACAAGAAGCCACUGUUGAGGGCUAAAGUCCCAUUAAGCAUAUUGGGCAUGCCCUUUCAAUCCGGCGUCGUAGCCGGUGACUCCAAGGAACUCACUCUCAACCUCGCCACUUUCUUCGAAUCAGGACCCUCCCUUAAACUCGCUUACCGACCCAACGACUCCAAUAACCCCUUUUCCUUAGUCGUUAAAACAGGAACCGGACCCUUCGGUUCCCCUUCCUCCAGUUCCAUGCUCAUGAGUUGCGAGUUCAACUUGCUACCUCGUAACAACAGCGGUGGCCCUCUCUUCAUGCUUCACUUCAAGCCUCGAUUUGGUGAUUUCUCGUUUAAGAAGACGCAGUCUUCGAUUUUCGAUAAGAAAGUGAGUGGGUCCCGCAACGGUGUUGGUGCUGGUGGCUUUGAAGACGACGUCGUUUCGGUCGAUAUGGUUGAUAAGGUCCCGAUCUUUGGAAAUGACUCCCCCGCAGCCGGCGCGUUCUCGAGUUUGUUCUCCGGCACGGAGGUGGCGGCGAGGACGACUCUUCCGCUGAGGGGAAAGGUCGCGGUGAAUUUCCGGUGGGGAAUUAGGGUUCCGGCGGAGAUGAAGAGUAGUGCGUUCCAGAAGAUUCCGUUUCUGGUGAUGGAUAAGGUUUCUGUGGAACACAUGAUGGACUGCGGCGAUUCGAAGAAGGAGAAGGGUGUUGCCGGAAAGGGAUCGGAUCUGGGUUUUCCGGCAGGUAGCGACGUGGCGGAGGCGUGUUUCGCGGUGAAGAGGCAGAUGGAGGUUCUGCAAGCUGAGAACGGGUUGCUGAGAAACGCCGUUGAGGAUCUCCGGCGAGAAAUGGCCGGAGGUGGAGGUUCAGAGAUGCAGAAGUGGAAUGGAGGCAUAGGAAAGAACCCUAAUGUGAGAAAGAAUGAGAAGAAUAAAACGACGUCGGAUUUUAAUGUUUUUUCAGGAAAAUCGACGGAGGGUGAUGCAAGUGAGGAAUUGAAGAAAGCGUUGAAAGGAGCCACUACUAAUGGUGCUUGAAUCCGUUGACAUUGCAAAAAUCGUACCUUUGUUUCUACCAUAUUGUUUAUAAAUUACUUUUGGGUUGGGGAAGAAUUUUGUUAUUUUCUGGUA